GCCUGUCAGCGCGUGCCGCCCGGACGGGAGACCCGCCGUUCAGCGCCGAUUACCGACGCGUUCACCGGGGCGUCCGCGAGGGGGGAACCGCGACCGGCGCGAAGCAGCGGCGGAGACAGAGAGGGAGACAGAGAGGGACACAGAGCCCGCUCUGCGGCACCUUCGGGCGGCUGCUGCUGCCGGAAAAACCCUCCGCCUCGUUCCGCCGGAGACGCGUUUUUGAAUCCAGCGGAGGCCCCGCGGACCCCCGACGGUCGGGCAGCGGAGGCGGACUGACCCCGGGGAGCCGCGGAGGAAGCCUCCGACGCGGGGGGAGGAGGAGGGGGAGAGAAGAGCGCCGGACCUUCCGGGAGCCUCGGACCCCCGCCGGCACCAUGUCCGUCCCGAACGUGCUGGCCAAGGCGCUGUACGACAACGUGGCCGAGUCCCCGGACGAGCUGUCCUUCCGCAAAGGGGACAUCAUGACCGUGUUGGAGCGGGACACGCAGGGCCUGGACGGCUGGUGGCUCUGCUCCCUCCACGGGCGCCAGGGCAUCGUCCCCGGCAACCGCCUCAAGAUCCUGGUCGGCAUGUACGACGGCAAGCAGCAGCAGCAGGCCACGCCUCCCCCGCCGGAGCCCGCCGCUUCCUGUCCCUCCUCCCAGACGCAGCAGCGGCCCCUCCCCCCGCCGAGCGCCUACGCCAAGCCGGCGCCGUCUCCGGGGCCGGCCGGCGGUUUUCCCGCCAAGCCGCUGCACUCGGCACAGUACACGUCCAUGCACCCGGCGCAAGCCCAACGCCGACUCCAUCUACAUGAUGCCCCCCUCCCACGGGCCCAAAACCAGUCCACAAAGUGUGUACCAGAUCCCCUCGGGCCCCAGCGGACUCCCCCCGGGACCCCCCCUGAAGGCGCCUCUUCUGGCCCGGAGACAGUACCAGCCGCCGGGGCGGGACGUCUACCAGGUGCCCCCCUCUGUCGGCCCAGCGCCGGGCCCGGCCGGGGGGACCGGAGGUGGGCAGGAUGUGUACCAGGUGCCCCCCUCCCUGGAUAAGAGGAACUGGGAAAGCGGCAACAAAGCGCUGGGCAAGGUGGUGGUCCCGACCCGCGUGGGACAGGUGUACGUGUACGACGCGGUCAGACCGGACCGGGACGAGUACGACGUGCCGCCCAGACACCAGACGCCCGGCCAGCACGACGUCUACGACGUGCCGCCGGCCCGCCAGCAGUACAGCACACAGGUGGGCCACGCGAGGAGCACAGAAAUACUCCACCAAUGCUGCUUUUCACACUUUUACACGUGUUUUUUCAAUAAGAAACGUCGUUGUUGAUCUGAGUUCGUGACCUUUAACCGCUGAAUGUUAAUAGAAAGCGUGCGAGUCCUCGCGGACGGACGCGUCUCCAGGCCCGCCGAACGAAGCCAGGGCCUCGAGGCGCCGUUCUCCCACCAACCAGCAGGGGGCGGCUCCUCCUAUAGGUCUAAUUCCCUCAGGCUGGUGUCUGAUGCCAAGAUGGCGGCAGUGGAAAACCAAGCGGGUCAAGUGGCCCGAAUGGAGGCGUGAAAAAAGAGCGGGUCCGGCGAUUGGCCAGUGGGCACGCGGGGGCGGGGCCUGGAGGCCGGUGAAAGUGUUGAAUCAUAAAACCAUGAAUAGAAGCCGGUCGCGUUGCCGACGCUGCAGCAGCCCGCCGCCGUCACGUCUGUUUCCCCGUGAUCUCAAACGUGCUCUGACUGUUAGUGUGUCACAGAAUCACAUGCACACACACAGACACACACACACACACACACACGGGUAGUGUGUUCGGCCUCCAGCAGACUCUCUGUAAUAUGAGUAUUUAAUGUGAUGUAAUAUUCAAGCACUUAAUACUAAAUGUAUCUUUAUCGAAGGUCAACCAUUUUUCCACUGUGGGAAAGUUGUUGAUGUGUGCGUGUAUUGUGUGUGUGUGUGUGCAGUGCUUGUUUGUGGUGUGUUUCUGCGCCUUUAAGGCCUCUACUUUACACACAGGUGGUUUAUUCCUGCGUGGUUCAAAACACACACUGUUCACAAUGUGUUGUGCUUAAUAGGCAGGAAUCUGCACACACACGCGCACACACACACACACACACACACGCGCCACACACACACACACGCACACACAUGCACACACACACACCACACACGGACAAAAUGGAUGUCGUCUUCAUGCUGACAAGCUAAAAGAGAAAGGUCGAUGACACACAACCACUGCAAAGCUGCACAACACAGGAGGAGGAAGAGGAGAGGAAGGAGCAGUAGGAGGAGGAAGAGGAGAGGAAGAAGCAGUAGGAGGAGGAA